CAUAAAUCCGCGGUCACACUGCUUCUGCUGUUUUUGCACGUGUUCUUGAAGAUCCAAAUAGUUAUAGUUGUAAUUGUUGAAAAUGGCUCUAAAACGUUUGAAGACUAAAAAAUCAAAGCGAUUGACGGGUCGUCUAAAGCACAAAAUUGACAAAAAGGUACGCGAGCACAACAGGAAGGAGCGUCGCGAUGCAAAGAAAAACCCAAAGAAAGGCAGCAAAAAACAAAAACUCAUUCAGAUACCGAACAUCUGCCCAUUCAAGGAUGACAUACUAAAGGAAGUUGAGGAAGCCAAAGAACGGCAGGAAGCCGAGCGGCAGGCUCGUCGCGAUGCUUUCAAAUUAGAACGAGAACAGAAUAAAUUCAAGUCCCUUGAAUCCAUGGUAGAAGACGCGGACAUGCGGAGCACAGUCCAUGGAGCGAUGCACGAAAACGAUUUGGUCGACGACAAUCAGAAGAAGUACAAGAAUGCAGUCACAAAGGAGCAGUCUCUGAAGCAAUACUUUAAAGAAUUCCGUAAGGUCAUUGAAAACGCCGACGUUGUCCUGGAAGUAGUCGAUGCCCGUGAUCCCCUCGGAACGCGCUGCAACGAAGUAGAACGAGCCGUUCGAGGAGCACCUGGCAACAAACGCCUUGUACUUAUACUAAACAAGGCUGACCUAGUACCUAGGGAAAAUCUAGACAACUGGAUUAAGUACUUCCGGCGUAUAGGUCCAGUGACUGCAUUCAAAGCAUCCACACAAGAUCAGGCGUCGCGCUUAGGUCGCCGCAAACUCCACGACAUGAAGUCGGCUAAAGCCAUGCAGGGAUCGGUUUGCAUUGGAGCUGAGCUACUAAUGUCCAUGCUGGCCAACUACUGCCGAAACAAAGGCAUUAAGACAUCGAUUCGCGUGGGAGUUGUUGGCAUCCCAAAUGUGGGCAAGAGUUCAAUAAUCAAUUCGCUCACCCGAGGAAGAUCGUGCAUGGUGGGCAGUACCCCAGGUGUAACGAAGGCCAUGCAGGAAGUAGAACUUGAUUCGAAGAUCAAAUUAAUUGAUUGUCCGGGAAUUGUAUUUACGAGUGGAGCUGAAAACUCGCAUGCCGUGCUAAAGAACGCUCAGCGCGUGGGUGAUGUAAAAGAUCCGUUCACAAUUGCGGAAAGCGUUUUAAAACGAGCCAGCAAAGAGUAUUUCUGCUCUAUGUACGAUAUUACAAGCUACGACACCUUUGAAGAAUUCUUUGCAAAGAAGGCUGCCAGAAUGGGAAAAUUCUUAAAGAAAGGAGUACCUGAUGUUGUGGCUGCUGCGCGAAGCGUGCUCAAUGACUGGAACACUGGAAAAAUAAAAUAUUGCACACAACCUCCCGAAGUAGUCGACGCGCAAAGUGUCCACAUUAGUGCUUCGAUAGUACACGCCGAGGCCCGCGAGUUUGAUGUGGAUAACUUUGAGUCCAUGGAGACAGACAUACUAGAACAAUGCACUGUAAAAACAGAUGACGUUAUGGAGAUUGCAUGUACCGGUUCUCUGGAGAUUAGGAAACCUCGCGAUGAAGAUGAUACGUCGACUAAUAUUUCAACAAAUCUAGUUAUCAACGAGAAGGACAAGUUGUUGAAAUCUCGUAAAAGAAAAUUGGGUGAUGAAAAAGAAAAACCAGAUCCCGAACUGCUUUUAGAAGAAAAUCAAUCGAUCAACAAAUCUAUUAAAGAAGUGCAGAAACGAAAGAAGAAGCAAAAUGUGCGCAAUGAGAAGAAAAUUUCAAAAAUUACAGAUGUUCUGGAUAACUUUAGCCUGAGUUCGGGUCCAUCUACUUCAAAGGCAGAUAAAUAUGAUUUCGAUAAGGAUUAUGUAAUUGAAUAAAUUAUCUGCAUUAUCCAAUAUAAUAAAUAAGACUACGAUCUGGGUGACAUUUUAUUCCUCUACUAUC